AUGGCCGAUAUAAAGGAAGAAGCUGAGACGAAUAUCAAAGAAACUGGACCCUCGUCCAUCAAGUGUCCAAUGCUCACCUCGACCAAUUACGCUGUCUGGGCCAUGAGAAUGAAAAUUGCGCUCAAAGUUAAUAAAGUAUGGGAGGCUAUCGAUCCUGGAAGCAAACAUGAAGAGAAGAAUAACAUGGCUAUAGCUUUGCUCUUUCAAUCCAUCCCUGAGGCUCUAACAUUACAAGUCGGUGAUCUCGAUACAGCCAAAGGAGUAUGGGAGGCUAUCAAAGCAAGACAUGUCGGGGCUGAGACAGUACAAGAAGCUCGUUUGCAAAUUCUAAUGGCUAAAUUCGACAGACUCAAGAUGAAGGAAGAAGACACCAUUGACUCAUUCGUGGGAAAACUUUCGGAAAUCUCGUCGAAAUCUGCCUCUUUAGGGGAAAUCAUUGAAGAACCGAAGAUUGUCAAGAAGUUCUUGAAAAGUCUACCAAGGAGAAAAUACAUUCAUAUUUUCGCAUCACUUGAGCAGGUUCUCGACCUAAACACGACUAGCUUUGAGGCAUCGUGGGUCGACUAA